UCUUUGAACUACCAACCAAUUUCACAAAUUCUAGAAACAUCGACACAAACACACACUUCCCACCUAGCUGCCCGCAAUGACAAUCUUCCCCGGCGUGAAGUACACCCUGGAACACCGGUGGAAAACCGACGACGCGUGGUACACUUGCGGUGUCAUUCUCGAAGACGGCAAACAUCUCCGUGUUAAAUUUGAAGAAGAAGAAGGAGCAUCGAAAACUACAGAAAACGACGAGGUUUUCUCCAUCUCCGAUUUCUCAAAUCAAGAACAAAUCGAUGCUUUUCGGAACAAAUUCCGUCCGGUUUCUGCUCCGAUUGAAGAUAAUGAGUGUGCUAAAGUGAUUCAAGGCAUGAUUGUUUGUGCUGCAUAUUCAGAUGACGGAAAUUAUCGUUACUUUGAUGCCGUUGUUGACGCUGUUUGUUACAAAGAACAUUCACCUGAGAAAUGUGUAUGCAAGUAUUUGCUGUUCUGGAAGCAUGGUCCCGGAGAGGGUAAUAUUACUAAAACUAAUCUUCAGGAUAUAUGCCUCAUCAGGCAUGGUGCUGUUGAUCCUAUACUGGCCGACUUCACAAAACUUGUAAAGGAAAAACUUAAGGGGGAUUUUUCUCAGUUUAUUCUGAUCCCCAAGAGCAGCUCAUUUUUGUCUAAAUCAAAUGAAACUUCAGACAAGUCACAGGAGUUUGGCAGUGCAAGACAGAAUUCUCAAGUUGGAUUCCAUGAAGGGAAGGGAAGGUUCUGGUCUGAAUUAAUUGAUCAGGAAAGAGAUGUGGGAGGACUUGAAGAAAUCGGUUGUCAUCACUACUUAAUACUGGAGAAUCUGGAGAAAGAUCUGUGUCCAAACGUGAUGACCGAGUUCAUACACCAACAAACUUCAAUCGCAAUACAUGCAUAUGUUUUUCCAAGCUUGGCAGUGGAAACUUAUGCGAGAGGAGCAGUUGUGGUGGAUAGCAGAUCAAAGCUUAAGAGAUUAUAUGAGUUCAUUAGCAACCCAAAUCAUUUCAUUAUAUCUUUAUCUGGAAGGCCAUGGGUAAUAGCUGAAGACACAUUUUGGAUUGGAACUUUUGACAUCAACUUGCGAAGCUUGCAACCAAAGUUUGAGAAAAAAAAUACAGGGAGCGAGUUGACGGUUGUCUGGACAGGAACAAAACAAUAUAUGACUGCUAAACGGCUGCACGGUCUAUAUAUGGAAUUUCGAAGUCAUCUAAAUGGACUUCAGCAGAGAUUAGGGAUGGAGGAGGAGAAGGAGAAGGAGAAACAGGACUGCUAUCGACCAAAAAAAGUUUAGUUCUGCAAAUUGUAAAUAUGCAGUUUUUAGUGCAGUAGGCAGUAAAAAGAUGUACCCUUUUUUCUGUUGUCUCAAAUUAGAAGUUUACCAAUCUUUCCUUUCAAUUUUGUCUUAGUAAAAGUGUAAAGGUUAAGUUAGCAGUUUGAGGGUACAAGUAAAAACUUCCUGUGGCUUCAGCUAUAUUUUCUCUAAAUUAAUGAGAUCCCUCAAGUUUUAGCUUUCA